UGCAUAAAUGGGUAUGCGUUCUCAAAUUGUCCGUAGAAAAACUCAGUGAAAUUUAUGCUGUGUUUCUACUUGAAACUAGUAGAUUAUUUCUUUUCGAGUGUAAUUCAAUCCAUAACCAUAAAGUGAAUUAUAGUGGUGUUUGUUGUUUGGCUCAAGCAAAUUUCGGGAAAUAAAAAUAACACACAACACUCUCAACUCAGCAAUACGAUUGCUAGAAACAAAGCAACGAUGCGCCGUCAACAAAAUGCCGUACUUCAUUGGUUUGGUUUUGCAUUAUUGCUUGCUACAAUUUGCUUAAGUUUAUGCGCCUCCAAUGAUCCCUACACAAUCCUAGGUGUACAUAAACGAGCAUCUAUGCAGGAUAUUCGUCGUGCUUAUAAACAAUUGGCCAAGGAAUGGCAUCCUGAUAAAUCUAAACACCCAGAAGCAGAAACCAAAUUUGUAGAAAUCAAGCAAGCCUACGAAUUAUUGUCUGAUACCGACCGUAGGCGAGCUUACGAUCAGUACGGAAUAACGAAUGAAGAUGCAGUACUGGAUCGAAACCGGCCUGAUAAUAGCAAUUAUGGUCGUUUUCAAGAUCCAUUUGAACAUUUUUACGGUGCACAUAACUUCAACUUUCACGAUCAAGAUAUAGGCUUGUAUCACCGUCUUUCCAUCACUACAAAAUAUUAUGAAACGAAUAUUAUGCCUAAAAGUCGUUUAACACCGCAAAUAUUAAUGUUUUAUGCUGAUUGGUGCUUUGCAUGCAUGAAAGCGGCUAAUUCUUUCAAAAAAUUGAUUGAUACCCUUGAGCCGUAUGGCGUGGUAUUUGCUACAGUUAAUGCCGGUCAUGAAGAACAACUUGUACGGAAAGUCGGAGUACACUCACUACCAUGUGUGAUUAUGGUGUUAGAUGGUCACAAUUACGUGUACAAAGACAGUGUUUUUAACGCACAGCAUGUUGUGGAUUUUAUACGACAAAAACUGCCAUAUAAACUGUUGAUCCCAGUAACAGACAAUACACUUGACACGUUUUUGGGAGGAUGGGCUGAUAAUCGUGUUCGUGCGCUCAUUCUUGAACCAAGAGUUCAGCCACGAUUGCGUUACCUAAUAAUUGCUUAUUAUUUUCGUGAGCGUGUUGCAUUUGGCUUCGUUCAAUUGAACUCCAAAAACACUAUGAACAUCCAAGCGAAGUUUAAAGCUCAUUCCAAUCUAGAUACCUUGCUUAUAUUCAACGAAUUUCCACCUCAACCAAUUGCUACAGUUACUAUGUCGGAUAUACCUACCACUACCUUGAAUAAUAUUAUAUCACACAACAAAUUUCUCAUACUUCCACGUUUGUCAUCUCAAGACAUGCUGGAUAAUGUUUGUCCUGCAGAAUGGAAUCGACCCCGAAAGAGAUUAUGUGUGGUACUAGUCACUGAAAAUACCAGCAUGCAUGAUGGGGCUCGUACAGUCAUGCGUAAAAUUGCACUUGAAUCUCUUUUCAAUCGAGAAAGAGUUCGUUUUGCUUAUAUAUACCAAGAAAAACAAAAUGAUUUUAUAUGCGCACUAUCAAAGCACAAUCAAUCUAAAGAUACUCUCCUGCAAAUUGUCAUAUUUUGGCGCCGAGAUACUAAGCAAAUUCGUUAUGAAUGGGUGCAUGAAGUUGUUCUAGAAGUUGAUAAAGCUCUAGAAAAUGACACACAGGACCAAUACUUCAAUUACACUAAACAAAAAAUGGAUAUUGUAAUUCAUCGUUUGCUACGUUCUUCGGAAUCACUUAGCUAUGAAACGGAAGUAAAGGCCCUUUUAGAUGAGCAUGCUGAAAAUGCAGUAAUGCGAAUUUUAAAUCGUAUAUUGUUGGCAGUAGAAUAUAUGGCUGACAAUUUAGGACAGGAGCACAUUUUACCAGCGAUAUCCGUUAUCGGUACUAUAGGUUUUAUACUCAUUAUUGGAUAUUUAAUGUCAUAUCUGCUACACUUGGAAGAGGAAGAUAUUCAACUGAAGAAGAGCAAAAACGUGGACAAUUGCAAUGGAAAAUCUUUGGGUUACGUGCCCGAGCUGCGAUUACAUGAAUUACGUGCUGAAAAAUAUAACGGUUUAGUUCGUCUACUUAAACCCGGAUGCCGUACGAUAGUAUUACUCACUGAUUUACAAUCAAGAUCGAAAUUAAUUCCUUCAUUUCAUAAAGCAGUGUGGCCGUAUCGGAAGAACAAAACAUUAAUGUUUGCCCACAUGCUUAUUGAAAAAGGUAUUGGAUGGUAUGCAGAGCUACUACGCUUGUCAUUGUCCGAAUCACGUGAAAUGAAGAUAAAUCCUCGAAACUGUAUCGGCACAGUCAUAGCUUUAAAUGGACACCGAAAAUAUUUUUGCAUGUAUCAUGCUAAGCAUCCAGAAUCAAACCGAGGAGCAAAGCGCAUGAUAAAAAUAACUCGUCAUCUUAGUUCCAUGCCAACUGAUCCCGAAGCUGGCGCAUUCCUUGGUAUGGAUAGUUCUGACUCAGAAACAUCUAUGUCUGAUACAUACGAACCAAAGAUUCUCCUCGAAGAAAACCUACUUGAUGGUUUGCCAAACUGGCUGGAUCGUUUAUUUGAAGGGACCACGCAUCGAUAUUACAUCAACUAUUGGCCAGAUUUUACUUCAAAAUGAGACAUCCUAAAAAUGAGAAAAUCCUAAGCCUUAAAUGUAUUGAAGAUCACAAUUUCUUUACUUCUAUGUGUUUCUCCUCGUCCGAUUAACUCCAUUUGUUUAUUUAUAUAUUUUUGAAACAUUUUCUUCAAAAUCUUUAGUACAAUGGUCGGAUGUAUGACGCUCCAUUUUUAUCUAAUAGAAGAAAGCUUAUAGACGUUAUAUUUUACCAAAACCCACGUUUUUGUUAUAUUUAUUGUUCUAUCUUCCUUAAUUCAAACAACAUUACCUAGCAACACUAGAAAAACAUUAUCUAUGUUCAUUUGUUUAUAGUGCUAAAUAUAUGACUUUAUCAAGUAGGAAAUACUCCAUAGGAAUGGUACUUGAUGAAACAUAGCAGAACAUAGUGUCUAUCAAAAUGAAAUAUAUUAAAUAUAUAAGGAGUAAGUGCUAAGCUUUACAUAUUUGAUAGUUUGGUGCACGUUCAACCUCAUCACUGAAAAAAAGUCAAAACUAUACACUUAAGCGGUUCUUUGCUGAUCUAGUCAAUAUUUUCUUUUAUACUUAAUGUAAAUAGUCGGCGUAUUUAACACUUUGACGGUCGCGCUUUGCACGAUGGAUAUUUUCUAGACGCCGGCAGCUUUUGUUAAAUUCUAUUUGCUUAUCGCCGGCCUGCUGUCUUACAUUUCCUAUACAGUGACGAACAAUAUAAUAAGACAACUUUUACAAUCGAUUUUCAAACGAAUGCUUUCGAUAUUUCUACAAGGUAUAAUCAAACAAAACUUUGGCAAAAGCAUCCUUAGCAUCUUGAUUUUUCGUUUCAUUUUUAGUUUUUUUUUACAAAAAUUCAAAAAUCAUUGAGUAAAAAAAUUUUAAUAAAGUUAUAAAAGAAUAUGACUCAAAAAAUCUAACUUUUUUGAUAACAUACCUAGACUAUGUGAAGUUUGAAAAAUAAAAAGAGCGGUUUAUGUUUAAAACCAUAACAAAAAGUUUGUACGAUUUUUAAGUUUGAUGAAUAGGCUUAUUUGAUUGUAUAAUAUGUUUUGGCCAUACUUUUAUGAGAGUAACAAAAAGAUACUUUAAACCCAUAACUCGUUUGAUCCAAUGAUAGAAUCGUUUUGCCAUCAAACUAAAUUUUACAAUAAAAAACUGAAUUCGAUCCGUUAAAAAUUUACACCAUAACCCCAGUUCUACGAUUUUAAAACAUCAAGUGGUCUUAUUCUAUUGUCCGUGACUGCAUAAACGGUGCAUGUACAUGAUUUAUUGUUAUAUGAUAUUCUGAUGAAAAACUCAAUAAAAUUUGAUUUCCGAAAAAUCACACUACCCUACGAUCGGCUGUCAACCAAAAUUCGCAUCAUCAUAGUGAUGUGAUCAACCGUCAAAUUGUUAAUAUCGUAUGCAUUUCUAUAACAAACAUCUGCCAUUCAAAAUUGUUUUUAGAAUCGAGCUUUUUUUAUUUUACAAUAUUACGUUCAUUGAGAAACAAAUGUAAUGCAAAAAUAUGAAUGAAUGGAAUGUUCUUUUACGAAGCUAUUUUUGAGUUAAUUAUUAUGAAACAACAAUAAAACUCUGUAAAAAGCGUGUAAGCCAAAGCCACGCAAGAUGAUAUUUAAGUAUAAACUAUAAGAUGUCAUUGCUAUUUUGUUUGCCAGAUCCCUUGAAUAAGACCAGGUGGAAUUUGUUAUAGCUUUCCUAUAACAUCGGUAAACUUUAAAAUUUUAGGAAAUGAAUUAACAUUCAGAUCAUCCAAUUUAAGAGAAUUAAUUUUUUGUUUUGUAUCGUACUCUCUGGAAGGCAUAUUCUAUUUUUCGAUCAAAUGGACUAAUAAUUUGUUUCGUUUUAAGGAUUUCAAUUGAUAAUAUCGUAUUAAAUUUUAGACUGUGUACUAAAUCAAUACUACUUCUUCUUCUUCCUUGGCCCUACAACCUCGAGAGGUCUCGGCCUGCCAUUUCUGGCAUGCAGUGACUUGAUUUUACCCGUAUAGCAAAGUAGUUAGCCCUGCGUACGGGAAGGCAAAUGGGAUUUGAACCCCGGUCCUGCCGUGUGAAGACCGGCGCCGUUAUCGCCUCGGCCACCGGACCGGCCCAUCAAUACUAUUAAAACAAUAAAUGAAUACUAUCUACAUGAUAAUUUGAGGAGAAAUCUCCCGCGCAAUCCGAACAAUAUUGACUUAGAAUGAAAGUGGUAUCUAAUAAAAUGAACACAAAAUCAGUUGCAAUUCCGAUCUAAAUCUAAUAAAAUUAUCUAACGAUAACAAUACAUUCUAUACAAGUGUACUGUACAACCAAUUGACAAUUAUGCGAUUUUUUGCAGAAUCCAAUAAAAUGCGAAUUUAAAUCAAAA